UAAUAAAAUUUAAUUAAUCUUGAAAACUAAUAUAAAAAUCAUUAAACGCAACUUUAUAGUAAACAACUGCAGUGUGUUUAAAACAUCACUCAAAGCUCACUCGAUAACGGUGCGUUCACGCAACGCCCAGUUCAUAUUAGCCAAUCAGAGCGCAUGAAAAAUAAGCCACGCCCACAGCCUGCGCUUGAGUCGAUUCUCGGUUCGUUCGUCAGUUUUUCAGAUGCUUUAGUGGCGGUUAGGAGUGCGCGAUGACGUCGCUCGGUGAUGUUCCGAGUUCGAAUAAGUUGAAGUUUAGUGUAGAGAGCAUUUUGAGUAAAGAUAAGGAAGUGAGCAAGCCGGAGGCUCGCGCGCCGACGGAGCCCCCGUGUGCAGGGUGCGUGGCAGCGCUAUAUCGGUGUUGUCGGGAUGAACCUCCAAUCCUGCAGCUGCCGCUGUCGUUGGCGUACACGCAUUUGCAUCCCGCUUUGAGGCCUACCACAGUAUACCGGCUCCCACUGACGUCAUCACCACCGCAGCAGUCAACUCCGCGCUGUGACGUCACAUCGACAGGCAAGAGGAAGCGCUCGUGGUCGCGCGCGGUCUUCAGUAACCUGCAAAGGAAGGGGCUCGAGAGGCGGUUCCAGAUACAGAAAUACAUUACCAAGCCGGAUCGGCGGCAGCUGGCAGCAACGCUGGGGCUUACUGACGCGCAGGUGAAAGUAUGGUUUCAAAACCGGCGCAUGAAGUGGCGGCACACCAAGGAGGGCCGCGCGGGCGCUCCGGGCCGGGACCCAGAAGCACCCGACGACAACGAGGAAGUGGAUGUCGACACGCUUAGCGAUUAGGAAACUUAGCUUAGCUAUUUGAAAACUCACUGGGGCGCACAUAGGGUUUGCACGACGGAUCCGAAAUGUAUGGGAAGAUCCGCGGAUCCGGAUAAUUUCAUACAUUUCGGAUCCGGAUUGCAAACCCUAGGCGCACACUAUGCGAAUCAUGGGUAUUUAUAGUGUGGCUGGGUCAGUGAAUAAAAAAAACCGGGCAAGUGCGAGUCGGACUUGCGCACGAAGGGUUCCGUACCAUAAUGCAAAAAACGGCAAAAAAAAAAUGGUCACCCAUCCAAGUACUGACCCCGCCCGACGUUGCUUAACUUCGGUCAAAAAUCACGUUUGUUGUAUGGGAGCCCCACUUAAAUCUUUAUUUUAUUGUUUUUAGUA